AUGGAGAGGCCCACCACAGCCGUACAAGCGCCAGUCCUGGUCACGCAAGCUGAUAUCCAAAAUGCGCCCAUGAGCGCGGACCACAAGGAAAUCGUUUUGAUGCACCAUCGCCGACUUGUCGCUCAGCUUCCAGGGGAGUUCUCAGCCAGACAGCAGUCCGCUCUCGAUCGACUUGUGCGGAUCACGCUCAUCUUCCGCGACUACAACGGAUACCGGGCCAAGCUUUCAGCCUUUGAUGAGGAUGGCUCGCCCACUACAAUCGAAAGCAUGAUCGUCGACGUCCUCGACGCCUGCAUCCCGAUCUGCGGAGUGACUCAUCCUAUGCGUCUUCCGGAGUCCGGCGCUAGUCCACGAGAGUACGAAGUGCGCAGAAUGGUCCGGCAAUACAACAACUUCCACAGCAUUGUCGAAGACAUCACCCGGCGUGUCCGAGCUCUGAGCAAAGUCGUUCCGGACCGUCACACGCGGGUAGAUAUGGCUGAAGGGAUCGAUUGGCCAAAGAAGCUGAAGCGAGCGAGGAGCGCGGACGACAUCUUCCAAAUGCGGUUCGAGGCUGAUGUGAAGGAGCUCGCGAAGCGACUGAAGCUUGAAUGGGAAGAGAAAUUGCGACAAUGGCAUGCACGACCGCCUCCGCCGUUUGGAGAGACCUUGCUCGAACGAGAGGCGCGAGAGAGGGAGGAGAAGAAGAUGAAAGAAGAGAUUGAGGAGAAGGAGGAGGACGAGGAGAAGCGGCAGAGGGACUUGAUCGUUGGCAAAUUGGCGGAUCUGAGCUUGUUGUGGCCGCCGGGAAAAUGGGAGAAGAAAGAAGGAUUGAGGGAGCAGUGA